ACCCACUUUAAACGCUGGUUUAUCUACCGAAAUUAGUAUUUUGUGGCUGCUCCUCUCUUCUAAAAGUCCACGUAAUGGAUACAAGUUUAACCAGGAGGUGACUUUUCGCUUCAGUGACAUAUUUUGGAGGUAGCGUUUGAAACCGUUCACGUUAGCACAUUUAGCUCCGUUUCCGCAAUCAAAACUCAACCGCAGCAGACAGCGAGCCGAGCAGACACUUCCUCCGUGAGUCCAAAUUCUGAAAUGUGGUUACCAGCGCUGCUUUGAGACAGAACUACAACACCCUUUUGGCCCCAAAUACCGAAGGAAAGGAAAGCUCGCGGCAGCCAUUGUAAAGACAUUCAACCUCAGAGAUGACAGCAAGCACCCCCAACUACUUGUGGUCCUUACAGGAUGUCCUGGGUCAAGGGGCAACUGCCUGCGUCUACAAAGCUCGAAAUAAGAGGACAGGUGAGUUGGUGGCAGUCAAGGUGUUCAACUUGGCGAGCUACAACCGCACUCACGAGGUCCAGAUGAGGGAGUUUGACAUGCUGAGGAAGCUCAACCACAAAAACAUUGUCAAGCUUUUUACAGUGGAGGAGCUGCCAUCUAAACAGAAAGUUCUAGUCAUGGAAUUUUGCUCAGGGGGAAGUUUGCUCAACCUGCUUGAAGAGCCAGAAAAUGCUUUUGGCCUGGCCGAGACAGAGUUUCUCACUGUAUUGCAAUGUGUUGUGCAGGGAAUGAACCAUCUACGAGAGAACGGCGUGGUGCACAGGGACAUUAAACCGGGCAACAUAAUGCGGCAGACGGGCGAGGACAGUAGGUCUGUCUAUAAGCUGACUGACUUUGGAGCGGCAAGAGAAUUGGAGGAUGACGAAAAGUUUAUGUCCAUCUACGGAACUGAAGAAUAUCUGCACCCAGACAUGUAUGAGCGUGUGGUGCUUCGUAACCAUCACCAGAAGUCCUAUGGAGUGAGUGUGGACCUGUGGAGCGUCGGGGUGACAUUUUACCACACUGCCACUGGGUCUCUCCCCUUCAUGCCAUUCAGAGGGCCCCGCAGGGACAAGCAAACCAUGUACAAAAUCACCACAGAUAAACCAAUGGGGGCCAUUUCUGGAUUACAGCGGGUCGAUAACGGACCAAUAGAGUGGAGCUCAUACCUGCCGGACAGCUGCCAACUGUCACAGGGUCUCAAGAUGCAUCUAGUUCCAGUACUUGCUGGUAUUCUUGAGGUGGAUCAGGAGAGGUGUUGGAGCUUUGACCAGUUCUUCACAGCCACAACAGACAUCCUGCAGCGGCAGCCUGUGCACCUAUUUGCUCUCCAGCAGGCCAUGGCGCACUGUGUCUACAUACAUCAUUACAACACGAUGUCUGUCUUCUUUGAGGAGGUGGCGAUGCACACUGGAAUUGAUGUCCAGCACCAACAGCUACUCUACUUGGGACAUGAACUCCCACUCGAGGGCAGCAUGAAGGUGGUCAAUCUCCCUCACACGACAACUGCAAGGCCUCUCAUCCUGCUGAGUCACGGGCCAGAAGCAAGCAGCAGCCUACCCUUCAGAGAACCAGAGACUCCCAUCAUCCCACCCAAGUUUGAUGUAAUGGCAGACUACAACUUUACCAAGUUAAUAGUGGGAGUGGUCCACCAGUAUCUGAGAAUAGUACAGUUGCUGCACUCACACAGAGAGCUGCUACUGGAAGGAUAUUACAGUUACAUGAAGAGGAGAUUGCAGUGGAAAAAAAGGAUGAGGGUGCGCAGGGAGUGUGGGGAAGCUAUGCACAGUAUUGCGCAGAUAAGCAUUAGACUCAAGUCCUGCCUGGGCGUACAACACAGGAUAUUCACUCUAGGUCACCAUGCUUCAGAAAACCUGGGUGCAGUUGAUAAGAAUGACAGGUUGCAGCAGGUCAAUGAGCACCUGCCUGGGUACGCCGCAGGCAUUCAGGAAUUUCAGAACCGCCUGGAUCACUUGCAGAUAGAGCAGGCCAGGCUAGCAGAGACCCUGAAUAAUGACAGAAGCUGUCAAAAAAUGCAGAUGCUCCUUCAAAAGAUUGUGGCGAUUCAUCAACUUUACCGGAAAGACAGACUCUCAGGCAAAUUGUUGUAUAAUGAUGAACAAAUCCACAAGUUUGAGAAAAUCCACCUGUCCUCGCACAUCAAGCGUGUGAAGUCUCUUAUUAGAGAAAACUGUGCACUAAGAUACAAGGAUCUCUUGGACACCACUAGGACAUGGAGCAGAAUUUUACUGGAGAUGCAGAACCAUCUACAAGACUUCAGUUCCUUCUCCACAGGCUUGUUGGCUGACCUUGAGAUAACGGAGCAACACCAAAACAAAAUUCUGGACAGAAUCUUGGUCACACUACAGCCAAGCAGAGGACAGCAGCAGCAGGAAAUACCACUCAGGGACAAGGAACAAAUGGUCUCCAGGUUUGUGAUGUACCACCUAAAGGAAGAAAUGGAAAUUCUGGUCCGGGAACUGCAGUGUAACAACACCAUUAUUGAGAGCAGUCUAGAAGCAGUGAACUCUGCAGUAGCCGUGAGGCCGAGCUUGGCCCGGCCCGCCACACUGUAACAGGCGCCUCGUUUUAAUUGCCUGGUGAACACUUGGUGGACGACUGCUGUGAUGCUAUCAAAGACUGCCUGCUACAAGAGGAAGCUGAAAACAGCAGAUUGUGACGCAAUUAAGAGAUAAGAUUCACAGUUGGGGACAAAACACCACAGAGGGAUUUUUGUGGUUUUCCAGCAAGCACUUCAAUGCGCACCUCAUUAAUACAUUUAUCCAUUCAUUUUCUAUACCGCUUAUCCCAUUCAAGGUCACGGGGAAGUGGAAUUCUAUUCCAGCUGGCAUCCGUCGAAAGGCACACUGCUAUUCCUUCACAGAACGUAAUACAUUUUCGUAGACUUUGCACCGAUUUUAUCGGCCUGAUCGGUAUCGGCCGAUAAUUAGCAUUUUAUGCUGAUCGUCUUUGUCAUAAUUCACCGAUCUGGUCAAUGACGUCAUUGAUCGGCUCCGCAAAAGACAUUUACUCCGUGUCGCCAUCGUGCACAGUAUAUUUGCAUCCAAAAGCUAGUUUAUUUUUAGCCUUGUCGCAUGUCUUUUGACGUAGUACUGUAAAUAUCAGACGGCCAAUAAAGUUAAAAAAUAAAUAAAUUAAAAAAUGUCGGCGGUGUGGGACAUACAACACGUCUGAGACAGACAACACGUAAUAUGUGGAUCAGACUACUAGACAAAUUUGGUCUUUCACGAUUGCACUAUGUUAGACAACUGCAAUAAAAUCUUGUAUUCAGAUACCAGCGCAUCCCGUUUUUUACGAUCUUUGGCUUUAUCUUGUCAAAUGCGACAGGAUACGCUCGUUACCGAGGGACCGUCAACAAGAGUGGAUCGCGCCGACUGUAUUGUAAGGACAAAAUGGGGGAAAAUGUGUGUGGACAUUCGUUUAAGCCUUGCUUGAGGUAUGUUCACGUACUUUUAAUACGAUACGGCUCGCAAGCAGGCAACAAAACGUUACAACAAGCAGGCAACAAGCUACUACUCGCACUAACGGUUGUACGUAAACAUGCCACCGUUCUGUCGAAUCAUGCUCUAAAGUUUCUGUGUGGCUGAAGUAAUUCAAUUACAGUAAGUUAGCACCCAUUAUUUCUGUCAUGUUGAAAUGUUGGUUUGACCUGACUGAUUAGAAUACACGAUCUGACUACAGCAGUGAUUUCCAACCUUUAUGUAGCCAACGAACAUAUUUUACAAUUGAAAAAAUUUCACGGCACACCCACAAACAAAAAUGUGACAAAAAGUGGAUACAUUAAUUACUGUAUGUACAUCCUGCCAUCUAAUAAAAGACCAUUCAUUUGUUCUGUCUGUCACUAUGCCUCACUGGCAUAAAUAGAUGAACAAAGAUACAUUAUUUAUUGUAAAUAUAUUUUUUUGAGCAAUUAAGUACACAAGUAUAGACAGUAAAUGAACAGGUCAUUUAAAUAGACACAUUGCUCCAUCUUGUAAUCGGCUCGGUGAUCGAUUAUCAUUUUUUUUUUAAGCUUGGUGAUCAUCCCCAAAAAUCCUGAUCGUGUAAAAGCUACAUUUUAGUGUUGUUAAAUUUCUAACAGACUGUCAUGUAGGGGUGUGCAGUAUAAACGGUAUACUUGGUAGACGGUGUAAAAGUGGCCAACGCUUUAGAUUUCAACUCUACCAAUCGUGAUAACGCUUGUUGAUGGCGUCAUAAUAUCUGCUUCAGUAUAAACAUGGCUGCGCAUUUUGUGCAGCACCAGCUAACUACAGGCUGCGGCUAUAGAAGAAGAAAAAUGAUAAGGGGGGGAAAAAGCCGCUGAGGGACUGGCACUGUACGCUUGUGUAACCUUCGACUCUGUUGCAGCAAAUAAGCAACACUUCUGACAAGUAUUGUUAUCACUAUUGGAGGACGAGGAUUAAUUUUCAGAAAACGGGGAAGCCAUGCUAACUGCUUAGCUAAACAUCAGAAUAAGUGCUUAAAUGGUACAGUAGGCUUUCACCGGAAUCUUGAAUCUGGCUUAGACCGCGUUACAGCGGAGACUAACUGUCAUGGAGUGGUGUUGGCACGACUCUUUAUAACUUCCCAUGCAGUCACAAACACAAGUUAGGUCUGUCGCUAGUCACACACUUCCUGCUUAGGUCCACGCUAUGUCAGAUGACCUACAACAGCCUUAGAUGGACAAAGCAUAUCUCACAACAGUAAGCACCUAUGAACAGGAAAAUACGAGGUAAUUUAUUGUCUUGAGAGGAAAAUAAUAACAGCUGCACAGCAAGCGCACAAGUCUGAAAAUCCAUCAUGUAUGUUACCGCAUACGUCAGCCAGGGGGAACCUAUAAGGUCUAAAGUAUUCCUAUAUAUUGUACGAAGUACUAGUAAAAAGGCUAAAGUCUUCCUUUUCACUCUUUUUUUUAUUUUUUUGGGGGGGUUGUUUAAUCAACCCCCAUCAUCCCCCAUUUCCCUCUCCAUCACAGUUUGGUUCUUUUAAAGUACUUUUCUAGUCUGUCCCUGUGUUGUUGUUUUCCCCCAUUUAGUGAAUAAUGCUUUGUGUUUUGAAAUCAUCUGCACAAGACAACCACACUAUUAGAGUACUGACUCAAAAGGGGGAAUUCCAAUUUGCUGUUUGUUUUUUAUUUCAGGCAUUAAUGCACACUUUCAGAUACUUCAAUUAUACAUCAAAUAGUCUACCUUAUUUUAAUAUUUGUUACAUGUUUAGGUUUUAUUCUGUUUUAUUGUUGGUAAUAAACUUGUCUAAUAUAAUAAGAAAAAUGAAAGUAAUGUCCCUCGAGUUUCCAGGAACGAUGCUUCUGUGAAGAUGACUCACUGUAUUCUGAAAUGUUAAAUCUUUGGGGGGAGGGGGUGUUCACGUGCCUUUGUGUUAUGCAGCUCGGAAAACAAAAUGUCACACGUUUCACACUUAGUCUGCACUUAUUUAAAUGUCCUUGCUAUUGGACACAUUUGUUUGUGAGUUCAAUUCACUAUAUAUGGGGAAAAUGAUGGGAUACCAACCAUAUGUAGGCUAUAUACAAGGAAAACUGCAGUACCUCUUCUAACAGUUUGAUUUGCUUCACAUACUUAUUUCUGUACUGUAAAAAAAUUGAUUGAGUUAAAAUGCAAAAAAAUAAAAAAAUAUUU